GUAGCUGCACAGUUCACUUCAUGGCAUUCAGUCCCCUGAACACGCUCGGUUACUCACUCUACUCCAAUCUUCCUUCUCCUCCAGCUCCCCGCUCCCCCUCCUCCUCCUCCUUCUUCAGCAACUUCUACACCGGCUCCCAAGGAACGAAGCCAGGUCACUACUUGCUGAAGCUGCUGGUCCCACCACCAGUUGCUGGCUCUAUUAUUGGACGAGGAGGUGCCCAAAUCAAGGAACUCCAGCUCACAUACGAUGUAGCAGUAAAGCUGUCCCAGAACAACCAGUUGUACCCAGAAAGCAACAGAUCUAACUCUGGAGAACGUAUCGUUCUUAUCACUGGCCCUCCUGAGAACCUAGCUAAAGUCGCUGAGUUUAUACACAGUCUAGUGAGGAACCCUCCUUCAAACCCCACCGGAGCUGACAUGCUGGACAGUGGAAGGAGGAUGCAGAUGAUGAAGAUGGUGGUGACAAACUCCACUGCUGGUAUGAUAAUCGGUAAAGGAGGAGCCACUGUUAAGUCUCUGAAUGAGACCUACGAUGUGAGGAUACAGGCGUCUCAGAAGGAUGAUGUGGUGAUGGGAGAGAGAGUUCUCACUAUCUUGGGACCUGAAGACGGAGUCAACAAGACCAUGGAGUACAUUAUCAAGGAGAAAUUCCGAGACGACCCAACCUCCACCUCCAUCACCAACCUGGACUACUCAUCCUACAUGGACGCUAACGGUGGUCUGGGUAUGGGUGGAAUGAACAACAUGGGAUCCACUGCCUCCCUUAACUACGGAUCUUUUGAUGGUGGACAAGAUAUGAGCCAGGUUAACCUUAUCCAGACUCUUCUACAGAACCAAAACCAACAACAAUCUUCACCGAACCAGCAGAGCAACCAGUACAGUGGCUAUCAGAACGCAGGAGGAUAUGGUGGUAACAGUGGAAAUGCUGUUAACAACUUCAUGUCUGCCUCUCAGCAAAACCAACAGCAGAACCAACAGCAACAACAACAGCAGCAGCAAAACAACAACAGCUCCAACCAAGCUGAAGUAAUAGCUCGGGUUCUACAAGCCCUGCCUAACAAUGCUCUCUCCAACACCUCUAACCUGGCUAAUACCAUCAUGCUCAUUCAGGCUUUAUCUGGUAACAACAACAACAACUCUAACAAUAACAUGCCCCAAAUGAACCAGCAGCGAAUUUCAGCACCGGUUCCUUCUAAAUCAUCUCUUAAACCUUUCAUUCCCCGACCAGAUGAUGUCAAAUACAAGGUUGAGAUCCCAGACUCACUGGUAGGCCGCGUGCUCGGCAGACUUGGAGCCACCAUCACUGAGAUCCAGAACACGAGUGGGUGCGAGGUAAAGUUCUCACAGAGAGGAGAGUACGUGCCCGGCACUCAGAACAGACUGCUGUACGUGUGCGGUCAACAAGCAGGCUGCAAGAUCGCUCAGCAACUCAUCUUGAGCAAGAUUGAGGGGGACGCAGGUGACGUUUCUAGUUCAGACUUCGUUUUUGAACAGAUUCCCAAUAACUAAUGCGUGACACCCAACCUGCUCAUGCGCGCGGCGUGACGUCAUCUGGAUGACGUCAUGUCACGUGACAUGGUUAUCACGUGAUUCACUGUCAUCGUCCUCUCGUGAGCUAAUCCUCAUAAUAUUUCGGAAAUUACCCUGGCCCUCCUUAAAUUGUCGGCUUGGUUGUGCUGACCUUUAUAUGCACACGGGAACCCAUUUCAUCUUAUAAUGGUAUUUUCAUUUAUUUAACAAAUAUAAUAGUAAUACGAUUGGUAACUUAUGAAAUACUCACUUUAAUUAAAUUGGCACUUAAACGUCACUGCACCCAUUUUCACCGUAAAUAUAAAAAAUUACACUUUUGCAAAAUUUGUACGAUUUAAUAUCAGUUUGAGAGAAAGAGGAUACAUUAUGAUGUAUGAUUAUAAAGUUAGAAUAAGAUUUUCACUUAUAAUACGUAUUUAUACGUAUUUAUGGUAUGAUUAUGGUAUUUAGAACUGGUGUGCUUUUUACGAAUGUAUUAAUUUAUUUUUGUCAAGAACACUCUCAUAACGAUAGAAAAAAUUAAGGUAUUUAUUAGUAUGUACUCACAAUAAAUUAUAACGUUUCAUCUUAGAGCUUCAAGGUUAUUAGUACACUGUGAAGGGAAUAUAUUUUGGGUAAUUGCUUGGAUUAUUUUGUUUGUUUAUUACCAUUUAAAGAUUUUGAAUGUUUGUUGCUCCGCUCCGCCAUGUAAAAUGUUGUUAUUACCUUAAAUCGUUCAAAAAAACCGUUUUAUCAACUCCAAAUCCGGCCUCAUCGGAUUUUUUGUAAACUUACAUACUUUAUCAGUAAUUUACAGUGAUAUUAGCAACUUAAUUUAUCAUAAUAUAUAUCAAAUAUUCGACC